ACACACUUAUACAGUCUGUAGCACUCUCGUGUGCAACAUACUGAUGUAGUACAGUAAGUAUAGCGCUCCACUGAGGCCUCUGGGCAAAUAAGACCCGACUACCCUCAAACGCGUCUCCCGUCACCAAUCAGAGCAGACCGUUGACAGUGAAGUCGAGCGGUUGCUGGCGUUUGUCUGUCGCUCGUGCGUCCUGCUCUGCUUUUUUAGCAUGUUCUCGCUUUUAUUUCGUUUUAAAAAGUGACUGUCGACAUUGGCGAACGUGAGCGUCUCAUUUUAAUGGACAUUUGCACUUUUUAAUGGACUUCAACAUGGAAGGUGAAGGACAGUUUGGAGACGAAGUUAGGGAGGCCAGCCGCAGGUGGUUAGGACACAUGGAGAGGAGAGAGAGCAGAGGAAGGAGGUGAGGAAGGCCACACUGAAGGUCAUGGAUGCCGUAGAGGAGGCCGUGGUGAUGAUGGGUGACAUGAGGUGCUGUGUGAGUCACCAGCAGACCCGCCAGCUGCUCCACAACAAGUUUGUUGUGGUUUUGGGCGACUCAAACCUCCGUGCUGUCUACAAGGACUUGGUUCUUCUGCUGCAGAAGGACAAGUACUUGACACAGACUCAGCUGAAAACUAAGGGUGAAACCACCUUUGAGCAGGACCGUCUCAUUGAAGGAGGCUGUCUGAGCCCACUGCACAACGGCACCAGUUACCGGGAGGUGCGGCAGUUCCAGUCCCCUCAUCAUCUGGUGCGCUUUUAUUUUGUCACCAGAGUGUACUCCAGCUACAUGCGGAGCAUUCUGGAAGACUUCAGACGCGGCACAAAGCCAGACCUUGUCAUCAUCAACUCCUGUCUGUGGGACAUUUCCAGGUAUGGCCGCGACUGGGUGUCGCAGUACAAGAGGGACCUGUCGCAGUUUUUCCAACACAUUGACGGGGUGCUCCCAGAUGAAGCCCUGGUAAUCUGGACUCAGACCAUGCCGCUGGCAGAGCAGAUCCGAGGAGGCUUCCUCGUGCCAGAGAUCUCCCACAGAGCUCCUGCCAUGAGUCACAAUGUGAUCGAGGCAAACUUUUACAGCGCCACUCUGGCUGAUGCCUACGACAUGGAUGUCCUCGACCUCCACUUCCUCUUCAGGUUCUCCCUCAGGCACAGAGCAAAAGAUGGCAUCCAUUGGAACGCCAUCGUGCACAGACGCAUCUCCUCAAUGCUGAUGCUGCAUGUGGCCCAGGCCUGGGGAGUGAGCUUGAGUGACCCUGUCAUCCCACCGCCUGCUUUUGGGAGCCAUCAUCAGGUGCAACCUCUUGCUGGUGGUCUCACUGGAGAGUCACUCACGAACCUCUCUGCACCAGCAACACGACGACCACCUGCCAGGACUCCUCCUCAGCACCAGAGACUGUUCACCUACCCGAAGGGGAGCAACAGGCACGACACUUGCGUGAUGAGGCGUCGGCGCAGGCGUCGCCACUACAACCCGUACGCUGACCAACGACGUCCCGGAGGCAGCUACUGCGCUGUUUAAUGUUUGGGUUUGUUUUUUACAUAGUUUUUAAUGGACAAACUCUUGAUAAAAGAGGAGCGAUUUUGAGUGUGAAAUUUGUACUCUAGGAAGAAAAAGACACAGAUCUGUAUAUUCACUGUUCCAAAAUAAAAGGCUUGUUUUUGCUUUGUAAUAAUUUUAAAUGUUUUCCUGGAAGUGGAAUGUGGACA